CUCUGACUCAUUCAUGGUCAAGAUCUCAGACUUUGGGAUGAGUAAGCAGUUGGCGGAGGACAGACAAAGCUACAGCAUGAGGUCGGGAGCCCUUGGCACCAUCGGCUGGAACGCCCCAGAGGUCCUGGAUGAGAGCAGGAAAGGAAACCCUACCAGUGCUGUGGACAUCUUCUCUGCCGGCUGUGUGUUUUACUAUGUGUUGACAGGAGGCAAACAUCCCUUUGGGGAACCCAAUCGGAGGGCUGGUAAUAUCGAGGAUGGAAAAUAUAACCUCGACGGAUUACAGAAAGACAAACAUGAGGACAUCAUGGCCGAACACCUGAUAAAAUAUAUGGUGACUAAGGAGCCCCAGAGGAGGCCUUCUGCUGAGAGCGUGCUCAAACACCCCUUCUUCUGGAGCCCGGAGAAACAACUGCAGUUUUUCCAGGGUGUGAGUGACUGGCUUGAUGGACAGUCACAGCUGAAGCAGUUGAACAAGGCAAUCAUCGAUCAGCUGGAGUCAGAGGCAGAAACAGUGGUCAAGGGGAACUGGAUGAAACAUAUCACUGAGGAUUUGCGAAAAAAUCUAGAAAAACGCAAAGGAGCAUGUAAAGGGGGCUCCGUUGAACGUCUUCUACGGGCCAUAAGAAACAAGAGUAACCAUUACAAUGAAAUUCCUGAUCUCCAUAAGACGUUCGGCUCAUUCCCAGAAGGCUUUGUGUCCUACUUCACCUCCCGCUUCCCCCACCUGCUGCUGCACACCUACCGGGCCAUGCUCACCUGUGCUGAGGAGGAGGCCUUCAAGAAAUACUACCCCAAGUUGAAAGAGGCGUGGAUGGUCCAUGACACACAGACAGCCUAAGACCAAAAGGUCCUUUACACCAAUCUUUGAAGUGAUGACAACCAAGCCACCAGCCAAAUAUUGUGUAUUUUUCUAGGCUUUGCUUUUAUUGUUGUUUUCGUAACAUGAACCUGCAGUGCACUGAAUCCAGAGACAUUCCUUCAAUGACAAUUCCAUAACUAGAUAGAGGCUGUCAGUUCACUGUACUGUCAGUGUACAAAAGUGACCUUCGUUUUUUUUUGUGUGUAUCUGUUUUUCUAUUACAUUGCUUAUGAAAUAUUAUCAUUUAUUCCUGAUCCUCUGUGGACCCUGACACUGUACUUUGUUUUGUUUAUGUAUGUUGUGAUGUCACGAGAGGCUGUGUCCUGGGGGGACGUUACAUCCC